CAUCCAGGAUUUUUUCACGCAGCUUUGGAGUUUUGUGGUGGACAAACACAACCAGGGGGCGUAUAACACAAUCUGCCUGGCUGUCCUGCUGACGCUGCCCCUGCUGGUCGUCCUCACCGCUGUGGUCGUGUGCUGCCACUGCUGCUGCUGUCGCCAUGCCAACAGCUGCUGCUGCUGCCGCUGCUGUGGAGACACCUCGAGGUCAGAAACCAAAAAAAAGAAGAACUCAAACGACGAAGACUUGUGGAUCUCUGUGAAGACGGGCCCCAUGACUCCGGACCGGGUUGCACUGGCCAUGGUGUGAGAGUCCAUCCUGGGUUUGAAAAACUGCUGAUUCUGGGCCAGUUUGUUCCAGCUUGAAGACAUUGUUCAUAAUAAAAAAAAGGAUUUUAUUGCAAUAAACAAAGACAUAAUUGAGAUCUCAUACCUGUCACUUUGUAUUUCUAUGAAGUGUGUGGCAGUUUGAUGACAAUGGUUGCACAUUUUAUGAGCUUUUCUGUGGUACAUAAAGGAAAAAUAUGUACAAACUGAAGCAUACAUAUUACUGCGAGUGUGUUUCUUGUGGUGUGUGUGUGAGAGAGAGGCAGAGAACUGCAGAGUUACUGAGAGCACUUUGUUCUUAGAGCUUCUAUGUGAAAUUCAAUGCAUCUGUAUUUGGAAGUGGGAACAAAUCUAAGUUCUGCCAAAAAGUGUUCAAAUAGCUGUAUUAGCACCUCUUCACAUUCAGCGUGCAGUGCACCUAAAAAAACAGUAAAAGCACUGAGACUGAACGGACUGCCUGCAGAAAAUAAAGUCUUCAUUUAGAUUUUG